AUGGCGAUGAAAUGUGUAGCUUUGGCCGCUGGCCUCCUUCUAGGGUCCGUGCAGGCUAUCACGACGGAGGGCAUGCUUGCUGCCCCGAGACGAAGCACCGGCAUCUUGAAUGCCAAGGGAGAUAAAGCAUUGUUUUCUGAGGCAAAGUACAACUGGACAACUGCCAAGACAACAACGACCUGGCACUUCAUCGACACCAAAACCGGCAACAUCACCAAAGCUCCUUUCAACAGCGCUGUCUCUGAAGUUGUCUGGGUUGGCGAUAGCGACGACAGUAUCCUCUACAUUAAUGCCACAAACGAGGCCAUUCCUGGAGGUGUGACUUUGUACACUGCGGAUCUCAGCGCUUCCACCUUUUCACCAAAACUUGUUGCAUCUCUCGGUGCGCCGUUUGCUGGCCUCAAGGCUGCAAAGACCGAAUCGGGCGAUAUCAACUUCGUCGUCAACACUUUGGCAUACGGAAACAAUGGAUCUGCUUACAAUCCCCAGCUUGCAUCAAAGCAAAAGAGUCUGGGUCAGCUGUACUCUUCUAACUUCGUACGUCACUGGAACUACUACAUUACACAAGAGCGAUACUCGGUCUUUUCUGGAUGUUUGGCUGGUGGAAACGGUAGCUACGCGUUCACUGGAGAGAUGAAGAACUUGCUCAAUGGCAUGAACUACACCGUCACCCGUCCCGAAAGCCCCGUUCAAGGCUCCUCAAGUGACCCUGGCGACUACGACCUAUCCCCUGACGGUAGCACGGUUGCUUUCCGCACGAAAGCACCGGAGCUCGCCAAGGCAAACUACACUGCCAGUUACAUCUACAUUGUUCCACACGAUGGUUCUCAAGUUGCUGUGCCCAUAAACGGCCCCGGAACUACUGCACCUGAGACCGCUCAGGGUGCGUCUGGCUACCCCACGUGGUCGCAUGACAGCAAGAAGAUUGCUUAUGGCCAGCAAGAUGGCAUUUUCUACGAAUCUGACCGAUACAAGCUCUACAUCGCCGAGAUUGAUGGCCUGAACUCCAAGAUACGCUCUGUUGCAGAAGAUUGGGACUCGGCGCCCUCAGGUCUCUCAUGGAGCCCCGACGAUUCUGACCUCUGGGUGAUUUCAGAGCUACAUGCGUCUGUUCGCUUGUGGAUCAUCCCUCAGGAUGCCGCGGCAGACUUCAAGCCCGUAAACAUCACUGGACCAGACACAACUCUGUCUGACUUUGCUGUGUUGCCAGACGGCUCUGCUUUCGUCUCUGCCGCCUCAAGCUGGAGCAGUCGUAUCUUCUACAGUCAGCAGCCCGGUCAGGACAAGAAGAUCUUGUUCACUGCAAAUGAAGUCGACCCCGAGCUGAAGGGCCUAGGGCCUCAAGACGUGUCCAACUUUUGGGUAAAGAACGACGAUGGCGAUGACAUCCAAACUUUCGUGUUUUACCCCACCGGCUUUGAUCCUAGUAAGAAGUACCCGCUUGCCUUUGUUGUCCACGGCGGACCUCAAAGCUCUCAAGGUGAUGCCUGGUCAGUACGCUGGAAUCUGCGAUUGUGGGCCGAUCAAGGCUUCAUCGUGACAACCACACAAUUCACCGGAACAGCCAGCUACGGCCAGAACUUCACCGACAAGAUCCAAAACAACUGGGGCGGCACCCCCUACACCGACCUCGUCAAGGUCUUCGAGCACAUGCGCGACAACAUCUCCUACAUCGACACCACGCGCGCCAUCGCCGCCGGCGCCUCCUUCGGCUGCUACAUGAUGAACUGGAUCCAGGGCCAUGCGCUCGGCCGCGAGUUCAAAGCGCUCGUGUGCCACGACGGCAAAAUGACAAACGUGGGCUCCUACGCCACCGACGAGAUCUGGUUUAUCCAGCGCGACAACAACGGCACGAUUUGGAACGACCGUGCCAACUACGAGAAAUGGGACCCCUUGUUCCACGCAGCCAACUUCAGCACGCCCGAGUUUGUCGUGGGCAAUGAUCUCGACUUCCGCGUGGUUAUCAGCGAGCCGUUGCAGACGUUUAAUGUCCUCCAGACCAUGGGCGUGCCGAGUCGAUUCUUGCAUUUCCCGGAUGAGGGGCAUUGGGUUACGAAGAGGGAGAAUAGUAUGCUGUGGCAUGGUGCGAUAUUUAAUUGGAUCAAGUAUUGGGUGGGCUUGGAGGAGGAGCUUAUGACUGAUGGCGUGAUUACGCAGUAGGUGUGAAGCAGGUGGCUUGGAAUGAGACGCAUGUAAUGUAAUGCCGAGUGCGACUGUUGCGUGAAGAUGAGAUUUGAGAAUGGCAUGUAUCAAUCGCUUUGAGGUCCACCACGCCAGGAGGAUACAUACAUAUAUCAAUCAGCUUUGCACAUCUCACAA